CUUACUCUUACCCCCACGGCCCCACCAAAGUGCAACCCUUAUAAAUAAUACGACCUCUGUCUUCCCUCAUAUCACCGCUCUGCUAAACUUCUCCUCUUUUCUGCACUCAUCCAACAAACUACAAACUACAAACUAUGGCUGAUCAACCUGAAUCCUCUGACAAGGGUCCAAAAAGAGAUUAUAGCACCGCGAUUUUGGAGCGCAAGAAAUCUCCGAAUCGAUUGGUUGUUGAUGAAGCCGUGAAUGAUGAUAAUUCAGUUGUUUCUAUGCACCCUGAUACCAUGGAAAAGCUUCAGCUCUUUCGCGGCGAUACAGUUCUAGUCAAGGGUAAGAAAAGGAAAGACACAAUCUGCAUUGCCCUUGCUGACGAGACAUGUGAAGAACCAAAGAUUAGGAUGAACAAGGUUGUGAGAUCUAAUUUGAGGGUGCGACUAGGUGAUGUGGUUUCUGUACACCAAUGUCCUGAUGUGAAAUAUGGGAAGCGUGUCCAUAUUCUUCCUAUUGAUGACACCAUUGAGGGCGUCACUGGAAAUCUGUUUGAUGCAUACCUGAAACCAUAUUUUCAGGAAGCCUACCGCCCAGUGAGGAAGGGAGACCUGUUUCUUGUGAGAGGGGGGAUGAGAAGUGUUGAAUUUAAGGUUAUCGAGACUGAUCCUCCUGAAUAUUGUGUGGUUGCCCCGGAUACUGAGAUUUAUUGUGAGGGUGAGCCAAUUAAACGAGAAGAGGAGAAUAGACUAGAUGAGGUAGGCUAUGAUGACGUAGGUGGCGUUAGGAAACAGAUGGCCCAGAUUAGGGAGCUAGUAGAAUUGCCACUGAGACACCCGCAGUUGUUCAAAUCUAUUGGUGUCAAGCCACCUAAGGGUAUCUUGCUAUAUGGACCACCAGGGUCAGGAAAGACUUUGAUAGCCCGAGCUGUGGCGAAUGAAACUGGUGCAUUUUUCUUCUGUAUUAAUGGGCCAGAGAUCAUGUCAAAAUUGGCUGGGGAAAGUGAGAGCAAUCUCAGGAAAGCUUUUGAGGAAGCUGAGAAGAAUGCUCCGUCCAUCAUCUUUAUCGAUGAGAUUGAUUCAAUUGCACCCAAGCGAGAGAAAACCAAUGGAGAGGUUGAGAGGCGUAUUGUUUCCCAGCUCUUGACUCUUAUGGAUGGGCUUAAAUCACGUGCACAUGUCAUUGUUAUGGGUGCCACUAAUCGUCCAAACAGCAUUGACCCUGCACUGAGAAGGUUUGGUCGAUUUGACAGGGAAAUAGAUAUUGGUGUUCCAGAUGAAGUUGGGCGACUUGAGAUUCUCCGCAUUCACACUAAAAAUAUGAAGCUUUCUGAUGAGGUUGAUUUGGAAAGAAUUUGCAAGGACACGCAUGGCUAUGUUGGUGCCGACCUAGCUGCCUUAUGUACUGAAGCUGCACUUCAAUGUAUCAGAGAGAAGAUGGAUGUAAUUGAUCUGGAAGACGAGACUAUUGAUGCUGAGAUCCUUAAUUCCAUGGCUGUUACAAAUGAACACUUCCAGACUGCUCUUGGGCAGAGUAACCCAUCUGCUCUGCGUGAAACGGUUGUGGAAGUUCCAAAUGUCACUUGGGCAGACAUUGGUGGCCUUGAAAACGUUAAAAGGGAGCUACAAGAGACUGUUCAAUAUCCUGUUGAGCAUCCUGAAAAGUUCGAGAAAUUUGGGAUGUCUCCUUCCAAGGGAGUUCUUUUCUAUGGGCCUCCUGGAUGUGGAAAGACAUUGCUGGCGAAGGCUAUUGCUAAUGAGUGUCAGGCUAACUUCAUCAGCGUGAAAGGACCUGAAUUGCUAACUAUGUGGUUUGGAGAGAGUGAGGCUAAUGUUCGAGAGAUUUUUGACAAGGCCCGCCAGUCAGCUCCAUGUGUUCUGUUCUUUGAUGAGCUUGAUUCAAUAGCAACUCAGAGGGGAAGCAGUUCCGGUGAUGCAGGUGGCGCUGCUGACAGGGUUUUGAACCAACUUUUGACCGAAAUGGAUGGGAUGUCGGCCAAAAAGACUGUUUUCAUCAUUGGAGCCACAAAUAGACCUGAUAUUAUUGAUCCAGCUCUUCUGAGACCUGGUCGUCUUGAUCAACUAAUCUAUAUUCCUCUUCCAGAUGAGGAAUCCCGCUUUUCCAUAUUUAAGGCUGCCUUGAGAAAGUCUCCUAUUGCCAAAGAUGUUGAUAUUAGAGCACUUGCCAAGUACACACAGGGCUUCAGUGGAGCAGAUAUUACAGAAAUAUGUCAGCGGGCUUGCAAAUAUGCCAUUAGAGAAAAUAUUGAGAAGGACAUUGAAAGAGAGAGAAGGGGAAGGGAGAACCCCGAGGCCAUGGAAGAGGAUGUGGAUGAAGUUGCUGAAAUUACAGCUGCCCAUUUUGAGGAAUCAAUGAAAUAUGCCCGGAGGAGUGUCAGUGAUGCUGAUAUUCGUAAAUAUCAGGCAUUUGCUCAGACCUUGCAGCAGUCUAGAGGGUUUGGCUCGGAGUUCCGUUUUGCUACUACCACUUCUGGGACAACUGGUACUGAUGCAUUCACUGCCUCUGCUGGUGGAGCUGACGAAGACGACCUCUAUAACUAGGCUGCGUUUGGCUGUCAUUGUAUCUCAUCCGACCAAUAUACUUUUUGUUAAGAGGAUAUCCAUACUGCUUUUACUUCCUGUGAUAACUUAUUUCUCGUUAGUUAAAAAGUUCCCCCCCCCCCCCCCCUUGCUUCUAGAAUUCAUCCUGCUUCUUGAUUAAUGUUGCCGGGAGCUGUUACUGUUAUUCAUAGACUUGUUGAUAUAUAGAUGACAAGUUGGUGAUCC